GUUAUCUGAAAGUCCCUGUGAGAAAACUGAUUUUUUUAUUAAUUUCUUGAGCUGUUCAAGGUAACUUCAUCCAAUCAUAUUUCCGUGUAAUAAACCUAACAACCCCAUCUCCUAUUUGUCUUCUUAACUCGCAUUCGCUAAUUAGUUCAAACACUAUUUCGCCCCAUAGUCACGUUUACAUUAGCACUUAGGCAUUUAAAUUAACCGACCCUCUGUAUAUACCUGUUUACGGUUUCUCAGAUUAAAUUCUUCUAAAAGUAAACAAUAAAACCAUUUAGGGACCAUUGUCAAGUCAUAUUGACUUAGUGUAAUAUAAGAUGAGCGACUAUUGACUGAGAUACGAAGAACCGUUAAGAAUCUUAAGUUGAAGUUGAAAUUUGCCUAAAGGCUUAAGUGUAGGAACCAAUAAAUACUGUUAAGUAAAUAAUUGUGUGUUUUAAAGUGUAUAUAAGGUUGGGAACUUAGUACAUUGCUUCAAGUUGAAUUAUGUUGUUUUGACUAAACAUGCUUAGUUUUUUGGUGUUUUUUGUUAGUUUUUCUUUUGUUCGUGCGGGGUUUUUUGAUUUAACUGAUGUGGAAGAUCCUCUGGCUUUAUUAUGGAAUUUACCUGUUCAUCAAAAAAUCACCCAGUGCAUAAUAGACACCAACCGCUACGGCACCUGUAUGGACAAACCGAGAUGUCUUCUAACAGGCGGAACACCUUCUGGAAAAUGCGGACCUUUAUUCACAUGCUGCUCGUAUGACACCGAUUGCGUCAAAACCUCUGAUAAGAAACAGGGCCAUUUCGAAUCAAGAAAUUUAAAUACCGCCGUGACUAAUUGCAAAUACACAAUCAGACUGAGAAGUAAAAAUGUAUGCCAAGUGAGGUUAGAUUUUGAAGAGUUCUACUUGGCACCGGCCACAUUGACCCGAUCCUCAACCGAAUCGGACGUGUCGAUUUACAAGUGCGUUAAUGACGCCCUUAAGAUCGAUCCGGACACGUAUGGUGUUCCGGUUUUGUGUGGGAACAAUACUAGGCAACACUUGUAUAUUCAUUUUAACACCCCCACCGAACCACGCAGCACAGUAAAUCUCGACAUAAACAUCGCGAAUCGUCUGAGUGUGGAUUACAAAGACCUGCAGAAACCCAGUUGGAAAAUCAAGUUCACCCAACUCGAAUGUCCCAUGAAAAGACAUAAGUUCGAUUUUUCUAAAUAUGCCGAAAUCGAGCAUAUUAAUGAAGACUUUAGCUCGUUAGCUCCACAAGGUGCCAUACAAUACUUCACCGAAACACACGGCGAGAUCAGAUCGUUUGGCUUGGAUACCACCGCGCCCCUUAAGAGUGAGGAGGCCACCAGUUAUCCUUACUCGGAGCAUUAUAGUAUUGCCUUUAAAAGGCCCAAUAACGUUUGUGGGAUCAAGUUCACCGCUACUUAUUUUAACGUACUGAGGAGCGACAAGGAUGUUUGCUAUCACUACUUGUAUAUUCCGGAAUACUUUUCGGAGACCAGCUUAAGUAGCGCUGGCGCUGGUACAGUUUGUUCUGGAACGGAUCAACCAUUUUAUAGUCUGGUUCCUGGACCGUUUUACGUUAACUUCAAAUCGAUGGAUACCUCGCAGUACGUCGCUCCUACACUAGAAAAUCGAGGUUUCAUAUUAAAUUACGAACUACAAGCCGCUAAUAGUUGUCCGUUAAAUAACAAUUUUUAAUUAUUAAUAAAAUCAUUUUUAAGAAAGAAA